GUGUAGUGUGCGUUAUUGAACUGUACGACACAAGACAUGUGGAUGAUUUAACAGAACUGCUUACCGAGGAGCAGGCUGGAUUGACAGCUAGGCUGAGCAAAGAGGAGCAAAUGUUCAAGUGCAGAAUCAUCACCUGUAACACCAACGUGGCCUCUUCCACAGCUUCAUUGACUUUAAGAAUGCUUGCGACCGCGUGUGGCUUGAUGACCUAGGACAUAUUAUGAGAGGAUUUAACAUUGACGAAGGGCUGGUGCAAGUCAUAUAAGAACUCUACGGAAACGCCACUAGUGUAGUACUUCUCAACGGACAACAAGGGGAGUCAUCAGGACAUCAGUGGACGUCCGUCAGAGACGUCUGCUCUCUCCCGUCCUGUUCAACAUUUUCAUUCAGAAGAUAAUGCAGGAGACUCUCCAUGGUCACCUCACCUCUAUCUCCAUCACUGAUGGCAUUGUCCUCAUGGAUGGCACCAGCAGUGAACUUCAAGAUCUCACCAACAUCCUCUAUGAAAACGCACGAGAAAACGGGAUUGAGGUAAGCACGGAGAAGUCGAAGAUACUGGCGAACAGCACGACAAACACCAGUGCAGACAUCACCAUGAACGGCAAGAAGCUAGAAGAAGUGACCAGUUUUAAGUACAUGGGCGCAACCAUUUCCAAGGAUGGCACCAGUACCGCUGAGGUCCGAAUACGAAUUGCAAUGGCGACCGAAGCGAUUGCCAGACUGAGCAGGUUAUGGACAUGCAGUUAUAUCAGCUUCCCCACCAAGUACAGGCUUUACAAGUACCUCGUAGUCUCCAUACUACUUUACGGCUGCUAGACCUGGACGCUUCACGCGGACACAGAACGCAUGAUACAGGCAUUUGAACAUAAAAGUCUCCGAAGUCUGCUCCGCAUACAGAGCUGAAGACCAACGAGUACUUCCGGAACAUGAUGCAACACUUGUUGGUCCACAAGAGCCUAUACUGGCGACCGUCAAACGACGAAUGUUGGAUUGGUUUGGAUACGUUACCAAGCACGACUCUGUACACGAAUUUUCUCCAGGGCACGAUAAAAGGAUGUCGACGUCGAAGCCGUCAGAAGACAAGCUGGAUGAAUAAUGUAAAAAAUUGGACAUCCCUUCCCAUGGAUGAAUAACUCUCAGAGGCACACAGCCGACCUGUAUGGAGGAGGAUUUCUGUAUCAUUUCCCCCAAACGGCCAAAUAUGUCAAUUGAUUGAUGACGAUGUUGAUGAUUAAUAUAACAUUAGAGACUGGCUAUCCUCGUCAAACGAAGGAUUCCCUCAGCGGCUCGGGUCGCUAAAAGUUGAUGCUCUAAGUCCCGUACCAUUGUACAAACAUUAUAACGGUUUAUAGGACUCCAUACCUAGGGUAGGAAAUCACAAGGCAGACCCGGAGUCAUUUCAACGUGACCCGAAGUCUUGUAUUGAGGUUUUAUCUAAAUGACCCAGAGUCGUUUUAUAUAACAUAAUAUUUUGAGGUCCAUAUACAAAUAUGAGUCAUAACUUUAGUAUAUACAAUUCGAGGUCAGAGUUUUGUAGCAUUUUGACUAUUAUUGUUUUACUGUUUCUAACUAUUUAUUUUAUUACAAGCAAAUCAUAAAAACAGGUAGUUUAAGGACAAUUAUAUUAUAAUGUAUUGAUUUUCAAUUUAUUGUCCAAGCCAUACUUACGACCGAGGCUGGGUUAACCGACACGUUACAAUUGAGACAUCUUUGAGCCUCUGUUCUGGAUAUGAUCAGUACGCUUAAGAACGCUACCACUUUAGGCAUUAACUCUGAGACCUCACAGUCGCUGGGCGGACACCAUAUCCGCUACGGAACAAUACAAAACCUAACCAGCUUCAAAUUCCUGAGGCUAAAAAACAACCACAAAAUCAUACAGUUUCAUUAAAUGAUUUAACGACUUGGAAUAUGUAAAAAGCUUUUUGUUUCAUCAAGCAUUUAAUACGAUUUAAUUGUUUGGUUGGACAUUGUUUUGAAAAUUAUAAUGUUUUUGUACAAAAUAAUGUCAUGAUAUUUAAUGAUUUUUCUACAAUACACGGUUAUCAAAUAAGCGUUUGCCCGUAAAGUAGGAAGCACAUUUAAUCAUUACGAUAUUAAUACGUAUAUAUAUAUGCUUAAUAAAAGUAUGCUUUGAAUCGGAUUCGGUCCCGUCGCAAUCUCCUACACAAUGAUCGCCCUUUAAGAAUAGAAGUUACAAUACAUGGAGAGGUAUUCGAAUAGGGAAGUAAUUUCUACGAAAGGUUUUCUCUUGAUAAAACAGGAGUGUUCCCCUGUACGGCCUUUACUAAAUAGUUUGUGAGCUGCAUAGGUUUGACAACGGUUAUUUACAUGGCUGAUAUUGCGUAGUGAUGAUUCGUUUAAAAA